AUGGAAACAAAGUUUCCAGUCGGUGCACCGGCUCAAGGCGGCUGCAUCGGCGGCGGCGCGGGUAGGAGGCUCAAUCGUUCGUGGGGGAUGUCGUUGCUGAACACCGCCGGUCUGGUUUUUUUGACCUACAGCUCUGCGGCGGCGGCGUAUCGCGCCCGCAGUGAUCCAUGGACGUUAGGUUUCGUGGUUUCUGCUUACAUUACGCUGAUGCUUCUGUUCUGGUUUCUCCGCGCUUUUGAGGCUGCCCCCCCCCCAGAGGAGGGGGGAGCUGAAGGUCGGCAUCUGGUUCCUCUCGAUGUCGUUGCUUUGCAUGUUCACUUAUCGAGUCGCCUCCAUGAUGCCGUUCGAAUUUGCCCUAGUUAUCUGGGUCACAGGGACUGACGAUGGUCGCCGACUUCUCCGUAUUAUUUGUACUGGGAACGAGUAAGGAUUCCGAUUUAUAGGGUUUUUUAGCUUCUCCCCGAUCUCGUUUCCUCCUGAUGAUCUGUACAUCGCUUAAGAUGUAGUUUCUUCGCCGACCGAUCCCUACCUCCUGGAUCACUGGGAAUACAAGCUGCCAAUAAGCGAACCGCCGCAAUGAUAAUAAAUUAGUAGUAAAAAUAUGGAUGAAAUAGGUCCACAUUGGUCUAAGUGAAUUAUGAAAGGAUUCUGUACUUGAAGGGGCUUCGUUGUCAAAAAGAUUGUACCAGUUUUACUAAUUCCGUAAUAGAUAUUUUACUUUCUUAUCAUCAUUAUGCUGGAUCUUGAGGGAUUUCCCUUUUAUGCGGGUUAUCCUCUUUUUCCUUUCAUAAUAAACUUUUGAAAUUUAAAUCUUCUAUUUAUGCUAUAUUUUCCUGUUGGUUUGAUACUGUUAAUAGAUUUGAAAACAUAUAAACAUUACAAUACAAUAGCUGGAUCAUCAUAAAUACAAUUUUGAUCAAACAUUUUGUUUUUCAUAUGUUGAAGCAUGCCAUAGAAUUGUAUGUAACAUAGAAUAGACUUCUUUGUACAUUUUUUCAAUGAGUAAUUUUUUGCUGUAAAAUAUUAUUAAUAUAUAAAACAACUUAAUAUAAAGAUUUAUAUCAUUAGAUGUCAAUGUUAUUACUGAUAUCGUAGUAAUUAGAUCAAUAAUUCAGUAUGUCAUUAACGUGAUCAGACUUUUGAAUAUGUAGAAUGAUAAAUUCAUGUAAAUUAUAAGUAAAACAUAGGAAUCAAAACUCAAUUUCAUCUAUUCUUGAUAAAAUAUGAACCAGUUAUGUUUGAGUAAAUUUUAGUUUGCAAUCAUCAAAAGCAAUGAUGGUGUGUGAUUAUUUGUAAAUUUGAAUUAAUAAUGAUGUUGUACUCCUAAAAUAAAAAAUAAUUAUAGAAAUCAAAGGUAAUAAAAAUAUGUUGAGAGUCAUUCAAUACAUCAAAUUAAGUGUCUUGAUUUUUGAUAUGCAACCUGAAGUUGUCACAUAAUUAUUAGAGGAUGAAAAAUAGACGUAUACAAUGACUUGAGUGUUCAAUCAAUUUGAGAAAAAAUGAACCUUGUAUAUUGGUUCAUAAUAAAACUAAGAUCUUUAUCACAAAAACCAAAUAAAAAAUUAUAAUGAAUUAAAUGAGGAUAGAAAAGUCAUUAAGAAUAGUUAGGUUAGUAACAAAAAUUGAUUAUGAUGAAAUAUAUGUACUAGUACUUGUAUGGAAUUGCAAUUCGAAUUCUAUUAGCAUAUGCGUAUCAUAAGAAUAUCAUUUCACAUUAAAUAGAUGUAAAAAUUGCAUUUCUAAGGUAAAAAAUUAAUUAGGAAGUGUAUGUCAAUCAACCCCUUAGUUCUACAAGUUUGAAGUACAAUUAUUACGUUUUGAAAUCAUCUAAGGUUUUAUAUGAUAUUAAGCAAAGUAUAAUAACUUGAUAUCGAGCAAGCUUUGAUUCAAACAUAUGUUGAUGGCGUAGUUUUGAGAUUUUCAAAUGAAAAUGUGUACAUCUUUUUUUUCGGAGUUCAUGAAACGAUGCUCAUUGCUUGAUGCAUAUUUUACUUAUUUUAAAAUACGUAUUUCACUUGUUCGUUGUGCGUGAUCCUUUGCCCUAUUCAUGCGUUGGGUUCUCUCUUUUCCCUUUUUAUUUGGUUGAUUGUCGGGGAUAGAGUUAGGGAACUGCAUACGCAUCUCCAGCCCCUGGACAAGCUCGUGUUUUUUCUUUUAGAGAAAAUAAACAAGUGAUCUUCCCACAGCGGCAGUUCCACUUUUCCUUUAGAUAUUCCAAUGGCUGCCCUCUUGAGCUUCCAUGGCAGAUCGAUCGAUUGUUCUUCUUCUCUUAGGUUCUUGUUCCAAUGUAUAUAAAUCGCUCCAAAUUUUAUAUUAUGGGAAAAAAAAAACGUGACAUUUUGACCGUACAAAUUAGAUCAUCCUGAUCCUCUCUCUCUUCUAGAUUUUUUUUUUCCCAACUGCACAAAUCAAAUAUUGGCUUCUACGUCACCGCCGCUGUCGGGCUCAGAGCUGUUGGCUUUUGUGGACAACAUCUUCAACCUGACGGUAGAGUUUUUGACACUUGUGGAUGAAGGUGGCGUGUCGUUUUCGGCGUUUUCAAUGUGCACCUAUCGUUGCUCGUCCGACACGUCAGGGAUCAGCCUUCGCCCGACGACUUUUGACUUUGGAGCCCCCGAGGUCACAGUCUCCAUAUUCCAGAUUAUCUUGCCUACCUCAGCUAUCGUCAUCAGUUUUUUAUCAGCUAUUAUUCCAUAUUCCGUAUUGCAUCCAGAUGGCCUUCAUCCUUCCUCUGCGCGCAUUGUCUCAGUUACUGGGCCGCGCUGAUUGCGUAAUGGGCCAGAACGGGCCUCAAACACAAAAUCUUAAGAAGAUCCCGAGGUGGUGGGUCAUGAGUCCGUUUGAAAUACGACGAAAGAUGUGGCGUCGCUGUAACGGUUUCGGUAGUCCGCUUCCAGAUGGUCGACUGUUUGCGUCUGUGAAGUGAAGCUCCCAGUUUGCGGGGAAGCGUGGGCGGCGCGCGGAGGAGCAUCUAUCGUUCGUGGGGGAUGUCGUUGAUGAACACUGCCGGCCUGGCUUUCUUCCUCUACAGCUCUGCAGCGAUCCAUGGACGUUGGCUUUGGUGGUCUCCGCUUACAAGCACGCUGAUGCUUCUGUUCUGGUUCCUCCGCGCUCUUCAGGUUGCUCGGCAGAAGAGGAAGGGGAAGCUGAAACCCAUGAUCUGGCUCUUCUCUACGACUCCGGUCUCCAUGUUCACGUAUCGAGUUGCCUCUAUGAUGCCGUUCAGAUUCGCCCAAGUUAUCUGGGCCACUGGGGCUCUGACGACAGUUGCCUGCUUCUAUGUGUUGUUCGUAUUAGGAACGAGUAAGGAUCUAGAUUUCUGGGGUUCUAAAGGCAGACGCGAGCCCUUGGCCUCUUAUUGGUAUGAUUGCAGUUCUUUGUCAAUCUCCUCGUUCUUGUCAAUCUCGUUUCCUCGUCGUCAUCUGAUGUUUCUUAUUUCCGUCAUUCGGUUGGAUCAAUUUACUUUUUUUUUAAGUUAAACUUGUUGAAUAUGAAGGAUCUUGUGUUGAGAUAGAUGGAGAAUGACAAAACAUAAUGAGAGUGGAUUGAAAUCAUACAUGAAUUCAUGAAGGCGCAAGUACGAAGAUGACCUUUUAGAUCAGCACAAGGAAGUCGUCCAAUAACUUACUCUAGAGAGAUGAGUUGUUGUAAGAGUGACUCACGAUGUAUGACUCAACGACCAUGACUCCUUAUUUAUAGACAAGAGGCGAUUAACCUUUUAGUAUAUUUUUUAAUUUAGUCCAUCAUAAAAUUAGAAUAAGAUAUGAUCUCUAUAUAUAUUUAUAUUUAUGCUCAUACUUACGAGAAAAGUUGUAAUCUCAAAUACUUCAACUCUAAUGAGUCAUUUUAAGUAAAAUUAAUUUAAUGAUAACUCCAUAAUAUACUAUUCAUAUAUAUCAUUGUCUACAUCGAGAUUAAUUUCAAUAGAACCUCAUCAAAGGUUAACUUUUAAGAAUAUUUACUCUGGUAGAUAUUACUCAGUGAUUAUUAUCACCCUUUUGGUGGUCAUGAAAGUUCGCUACAAAGCCGACAAAUAACUAAGUGUAAGUUUGUCAUCCUUUAAAGUUUGAUCCAUUUGAAGCUAUCUUCAAAUUCAUGUGUUAGAUUCUAUAGAUCAGCCUUUACUUAUUUUAUAACUUGCAUUUUAGCCAAUGGGUCACAACUCUCUCUCUCUCUCUCUCUCUCUCUCUCUCUCUCUCUCUCUCUCACUGAGAAACCAUUUGUUAAUUUAUGUGGGAUUAAUGUUUUCCUAGAGAUACCUUUAUUUGGAGCAUCAAUUUAUGCCUUUAGUCUGGAUAAUAGCUUAUUGGGCCUCUCUCUCCUUCUCUUAUCUCCCAAAAAAAUUCAUCUUUUUUUCUUGACAAGGUGAAUAAUCCGUCAUACUGAAGAACACAGAUUUCUUAUUUCUUAUUUUUUCAUUUCAAAAGAAAAUUUCAGGGGUUUCUUAUCCAGUUUGGCUACUUGGAAAUGUCAUGA